AUAUUUUUAUUUUAAAUAUUUUGCAGAUGGAUAAUACAUUGGACUCUAUUAGAGCUUCUUCUAAUCCUAAUUCACAAGCAGAAAUGUCGUAUCUUUUUGGUAGAGAUCCAAGCAUUUUAGCCUACGGGCAAAGGCCUUGUGUCUCUAAUGAUACAAAAAAGAAUUUGCUUACUGCUUAUGAAGUUGAAGAAUCGAAUUUUACAGAAGAGACUGAUUCAAUAAAUUCAGAAUUACACACUUUACAAACUGUUAAAGUAUAUCUGCGAAUGAAACCAUUUCCUAAAAAGUUAAAGUUGUCUCAAGAACAACAGGAUGCUUAUAAUAUUGCCAAUUCCACUACUUUGCUCACAAAAUUACCUACUUUGGAUAAUAAUACAAGUUGUCUUAAAAGAUCCAAUAGUACAGACAUUCUAUGCAGAAAGUUCACGUUUACCAAAACUUUUGGACCAGAAACUACUCAACUAGAAUUAUUCGAACAAGCUGUAAAACAACACAUGAUGGAUUUUCUAGUCGGUCAAAACUCCACUAUUAUGACUUAUGGUACUACAAAUUCAGGGAAGUCUUACACAUUACAAGGCACCACCACAUCCCCUGGAAUUAUACCAAGAUGCUUGGAGUUUGUGUUCUCUAACAUUACACCAAAAUCUACUCCCUCUUACAAACCGAUGAAUCAUUGCGAUGUUGUUUGUAUGGAUCCUCUUGAACGUGCACAAGAAUUAGAAAUAAAAUCAAAGCUGUUAUCAUUUGCUUCUAUAGAUAAGCAUCAUUAUACUACCGCUUACAAAGAAAUGCAGAAACUAUUAGAAGAAGAAUCGCCGAUCAGACCUAGCCAAUGCAUCGACGCGCAUUAUUCUGUUUGGGUUUCGUUUGCCGAAAUUUAUAAUGAAGUUGUUUACGAUCUUUUGUCAAAUGAGAGCCAGAAGAAAAGAACGCCUCUUAAAUUGGCAACAGAUUCACAAAGUAGGGCAUUUAUUAAAGGUCUUAAGACUGUUUGCGUCAAUUCCGGUUCCGAGGCUUAUCAAGUUUUAAUGGCUGGACAGUAUAAUUUGAAAGUAGCUGCGACUGCCUUGAACGCAAGAAGCUCAAGAUCACAUUGCAUAUUCACUAUCAAAUUAUUAAAGUAUUACAUAGAGAAUGAUCCUAGUUCUGUUGAAGUUAGCACAUUUGCCUUUUGCGAUUUGGCUGGUUCCGAGCGUCUAAAAAAGACAUUGAAUAUUGGAGACAGAUUGAAGGAAGCACAAAAUAUUAACACGAGCUUGAUGGUACUAGGAAGAUGUUUAAAGACUAUUCAUAAAGAGCAGAUAACAAAGCAGAAGAUAGAACAGAUUGGUCCAUUCAGAGAAUCAAAACUAACAAGACUGUUUCAAAAAGCACUCUCUGGUAAAGAGCAUAUAGCUUUAAUAGUAAAUAUCAAUCCUGUACCAAACCUGUAUAUAGAAACACAGAGCGUGCUAAAUUUUUCUGCUAUUGCAAAGAAAAUAGUUAUAGAAGAAAAGGAGAAGGUGCAAAAGAGAUCAAAAUCAAGAUUUACGCAAAUAGUUUCACAAAGCAUAAAAACGGUAACUGAUUGGGAUGCUACGGAAUUAGAAAGCGCGGAGUGGCAGAAUACAGAUGAUGGUAAUGUUAUUAUGCCCAAUUAUGUUCAUGCCGAAGAUUACAACGAGUUGAUGAGUGAAAAUAAAAGAUUAAAAAAAGAGAUCGUUAUUUUGAAGAAUUCUGCAUUGAGUCAUGAUCUUGAAAUACGCCAAGAAAUGGCAGAUACUUAUAUGGCUAUGAUAAAAGAGCUUGAAAAGAAUUGGACGGAUCGUAUAAGGAACGUGGAAAAAGAACAAGAAAAUGUACUUAUGUGGUCCGUGAAACGAGUCGAAGAAUUCUAUAAGCAAAAAUUCGAUAGCCGUAAGAGAACACGGACGCUUGACGAUGAUGAAGAAGAUACCGAAGAAUUAAAAAUACAAAAUUCGCAGUUGAUAUCAAAGGUCAAGCAAUUAAAGGAUAGCAAGAGAGAAGUUGAAAGCUCAAAUAAAUCUCUAAUAGUGGAGAACAAUAAAGUAACUUUUGAACUGGGUUUGGUAAAAGAAGAUUUGAAAAGUGUAAAAACUUUGUUGAAAGCAGUCCAGCAAGAUAUUUGUUUAAACGAAGAUACAAAGUGUUAUAUAGAAGAAUUAGAAACCCAGCUGUUUGCUAAGCAGGAACAGGCCAAGAAACUUAAAGUAUUCUUAAACGAAGCUAAGGAAGAAUAUAUUACAAUCUCGACAGAAGUAAUGGAGAAAGAUCACCUCAUUAAGGAACAAGAAGAAGAGCUAUUCGAAAAACAAGAAACGAUAGACGAUUUAGAAGCAGACCUUGGAAAUAUUAAUAUUUGCUUGACAGAAAAGACCAAAGUUGUUGAGAUGUUGGAAAAAGAAUUGGAUAGCCAAAAUAAGAAAAUAAUAGAUAGUGAUAACAAACUCCACGAUAUGCAAACAAAAGUACAGGAAUUACAAAAUGAAAAAUGUUUAUUACAAGAUGAAAUUGAAUUAUUGAAGAAAGCAACCUCGAUUAGGACUAGUACAAAACAUGAUGAAAUUGUUGUACAGCAGGAAUUCCUUUCUGUCUUUGAUUUAGAGAUAUUAGAUAAGGCAGGCGAGAACAAUGAAAAGGAUAUAAAAAUAGAAAACUAUGAAUUUGAUCCCCAAAUAGGCGAAAAGAUAAUCGCUAUAGAAACAGAGAAUUCAACAUUGAAAGAAAAAUUAACACAGAGUUCAACCGAAAUACAAAGCUUAAAAGAAGAAUUGGAUUCCGCAAAAGUGAAAUUAAAGGAUAUAUCCGAUCAAAUAUGCAAUUUGCAAGUUAGUAGUACAAAAUCUACAGUUAAAAAUGAUGUACCCAUAGCUAUAGAAACAACAGAGAUAGGUUGUCAAGUCCUUAUCCAAGAUGAAGAAGAGCAAACAGAUACUAUUGAAAAUGAUGUGCACAACAAAAGUAGUCAAACUAUUAAGUCUACAACAACAGAAGGAAUUAGUCAAACAAGUUUUAUCGAUGAAAAUGAGGAUUAUGAUUUCGAUUUGGAGGCAUUAGCAAAACUGAUAGUAAAGUAUGAUGACACAAAGUUACUAUAUAAAAAAAAAUGUUCGAUACUAAAAGAAGUGGAAGAAGAAGUAUUGUCUCUUAAACAAAUGAUAAACAAUCUUUCAGACGAAAGUAAUACGAAUAAAGUUAUUAUAGAAGAAUAUAAAAAAUCGAUCGAUUUGCUUCAGGAUGAGAUUUCCGUUAUUAAGGAUAGUAAAGCGCAACUUGAGCAGACACUACAAAAUAGUAAUAGUGACAAGACUACCUUGGAGACAAAAAUUAAUGAUUACGAGCAACGGCUUAAUGAAGCUGAAAAGGAACUCUCAUUAACCAAGAAAGAUUACGAUCAUUGUACGGAGAAAUUGAAUACUUUGCAACAAGAUUUUGAUAGUCACGUUUCAAAGUGCAAAAACGAACACGAACAAAUCAUAGACAAUUUGCAGAAAGAACUUAGUGUUGCUACAGAGAAGUGCGACAUCAAAUCGGAGUGUUUAGAUGUUCAUGUUUCAAAAGUUACAGAAUUGGAGCAUAGGCUUGAAAGUGUAACAGAGCUACAGCAACAGAUCGAAGAGAUAAAUAGAAAAUUAGAAAUAUGUCAAGACGAGAAAGAACACCUGCGAAGGUUACUGGACGAGACGAAUGAUAAGCUUCUAGAGGUCGAAGAUCAAUUAGAACAUGCUGAUGAGAAAGAACGAGAUAAAGAUAUGGAAAUAAUUUCACUUCAAAAGGAAUUGAAGUAUCUGAUACAGAAGAGCGAAAACAAUGACAGAAGCGACAACAGCGACAAACUAAUGGAAACCGAGAUGAAGAAUACAAUUAAGCAUUUAAACGAGACAAAAGAGAUGCUUUUGCAAAGGGAAGAACAUAUUAAAUGCUUGCAAGAGCGUUUAAAAAUGUCUGAACAAAACGCCAUAGUCUUGAAUGUUCUACAACAAAGUAACCAGGAAAGACAGGCGGAGAACGACAGGUUAAGAAAUUUAAACGUAGAACUGAAGAACAGUCUCGUCGAGAAGGAACGUGAAAUGGAAUCAUUUAUGAAGAACAGGGACGAGAUGGUCACGAUGUAUGAAAGCUUAGUAAAAAAUCAACAAGAAGAAUUAGGAAAACAGAAAAGACGAGGGGCAACAAAAGGUCAAAAGGCUUCCAAAGAAAAAAAUAAUUGUGAAAACACGUCUGAGGAUGAAGUGGCAUCGAAGGGACGUCGUAUAAGACGACCACCAAAAAGAUACAUGAUGUCACCGAAUGACGAUGAAAUAUCAGUAAUCGACCUUUCCGGGUCUGAGACUAAACGAACCGGAAAAUAUAUUCCCGCGUUACCACCUCCCACGCAAAUGAAUUCAGAGAAAAAGAAAACUAUUCGUAGGAAGAAGUUAUAUGUCUCAGAAAAUGAUUCGGCCCAAGACAUUGAGCCAGUCGAAAGUCCGUUAAUAAUCCCGCCGUCACCGAUGCCAGCAUCGUUGUCGAAAGUUCGCAAUUUGCGAAAUAAACGAAAGUAAUGGAUUGUAAAUAAAUCGAUCGAUAAAUUAUGAGGAAAAAGUCAUCGCUGCUUGGAAGAAAGCAAGAGGAAAUAAUCACAGUUGCGAAUGAGUUCAGUGUUUCUGUAAAAACAUUCUGAAACGAGACGUGUUUCCUGUGAUACUUUGAAAGAAACUGAUUUUCUGUGAGAUAGUAAUGCAUAAUAAGAUUAAUGAUAAGACAGUAUUUUUGUAUCUUUUAAUUAUACUUGGCACUAAAACUGUAUUUUUUAGAU